GUAUCCAUCGCAAUGACACCUCGCUUUCAUGCACCGCAGAUCGGCUGGCCUCCUGAAACUCGACGAGCAAGGCAGUUCGGUGAAACAGCCUGAUCCCUUUUUACCUGCCCUAAAUUUCCACGAAUCCUAGUUUGCAAGUCAUUAAUAAGGUCACUCUAUGGAAUGCCGAUACGGCAGUGUUGAUUCCGCAGAAAAGGGACAAAUAUAUAAUAGAUGCCGUAGUAAGCACUCGUCCAUCCCUCAGGCUCGUUCCCGGCCAACCUCCUCUCACCAUCAACCCCCUAUUACACCACCACGCCCACCAACCACCAUGCGCCUCCUCUUACUCGCCCUCCUCUGGGCCUUCACAACCCUCAGCAGCGCCACGAUAACCUGGCGCCUGCAAAAGGCGAGCAACCCAACUAGCGACCAAGCCGACGCCUACUCGCGCAUCGAGUCCGCCAUGAGCAAGGCCGUGGCGCGCUACAACCGGCUGGCCCCGCGCGCCAACAAGGCCGUGACGGUCCAAUACGUGCCCAGCGUGCAGACGGCCGACGGCAACUUCAACGGCAACGUCCGCUUUGGCUCCAACCGCGCCUACAUGACGGAGCGCACGGCGUUGCACGAGAUUGCCCACACGCUGGGCAUCGGCCAGACGAACGCCUUCAACACGCGCUGCGCGGCCAACAACUGGCCGAGCGCCACACGGCUGCUGCAGUCGUGGGAUGGCGCCGGGGCCAAGAUCAACUGUGGUGGGGGACAUAUCUGGCCGUAUGGGUUGAAUUAUGAGAAUGAGAUGAGUGAGACGAAUGCUGAGAGGCAUUGUCGGUUGAUUGAUGCUAUGUUGGCGGAUGGGUUGGCGGCUUGAUGAGAGGAAGGACAUCAUGGAAGCAAGGUGCUGGGAUGUUUAAUGUAAGGUCGCGGCAGCGCCUGAGAUGAGGGAGGGUUGUGGAUUGAAUGCAGGCGACUUCGCUGGGUUCAGUUGUGUUUCAAAUGGGCAUCUUUAUGGAUGCAGCGCUGAAUUGAGCUCGUUUUUCCAACUCCGCAGUUUGCUCGAAAGGCGGUUGAGUGUCCUGAAGACAAAUUUGUCGAGCAAGGAAUAAGGAAUCGAGAAAGGGGCAGCAAGACACUGCAGUUUGGUCCUGUUUGUUGAGAAGCUGACGGUAAAUAAAUACAAGUAAUAAGCGA